UAUGUUUAAUUAUGAUGUUAAUAUGACCUUAAUGUGAACUUCUUGUUUUUGUUUGAUUCUGCUUGUCUUUUUACUUCUUCAUCCACACAGAGAGAAAUAUAUAAAUAUAGAGAAUCAGGCAGUAUGUUCAUUAUAGUAGAAUUAUUAAUCAAACGCGUGCUUUUACUUUGAAACCAAAGACCGGAACUCCUUUCCGUGUGCUCUCGUGCUCACUUGAUGUUGGUGCGCAUCUCACCGACCGGGAAUACCGAUUUGUGAACAUCUCGGCCUGUUUCCCGCUGCACCGUGAAGCCGUGUUUAGUGCAGGCGGAGCGGGGAGGUGGUGGUGGCGGGGUUCAUGUGACAGAUCCUAGGUCAGUGUGAUGACAGACGGAGAUGGAGAUCAUCCAGGAGGUGCCGUGUUUGUUUGGUAUGGCGAUAUGAAGCAGGGGGUGGAGAGCCGCCACAGAGACGCUGGGCUCCGGCCAAACAUCACCGCAUUUUAGCACCUAUUCGAUGCUCGGGAUUUGCAUUGAAUUGCAUUUGCUGCAUCGCUGAUCGGCCUCUUGUUUUCUGCAAGGUGCAUGGUGGAAAAUGCAGCCCGUCUGAGGACACCCUCCCUCCAGAUAUUCACUGCUGCCAUGACAGGCAGAGGUCUCCUCUCGACCGCGGCUCGGCCGGCUGGGGAAGAGGCGGAUUGAUUCGGAACGGUGGGCUCUCGUCUGCGGAUGUUAUUGUGUCUGUGGAGCCUGAAAACAUCAUCCGCGCGAACACACCGUGAAUCUUACUCAGGGAAAAAAGGCAAGAAAACAACAUGUCCUCUCGAUCUGCAUUACCGUCUGGAAACGACAGGAGUACUGGAGACCAUCAUGUGUCACUGGGGUCCAGCCGGGCAGACAAGGCCACCAGCCAGUCCAGCCGCUCGCUGGGCGCCCGGUGCAGAAACUCCAUCGCCUCCUGCUCCGAGGAGCAGCCGCACAUCGGCAACUACCGCCUGCUCAAGACCAUCGGGAAGGGAAACUUCGCCAAGGUCAAGCUGGCCCGCCACAUCCUGACGGGCAAGGAGGUUGCAAUAAAAAUCAUUGACAAAACUCAGUUGAACCCAACCAGCCUACAAAAGCUCUUUCGGGAGGUGAGAAUAAUGAAAGGCUUGAAUCACCCUAACAUAGUGCAGCUGUUCGAGGUGAUUGAGACUGAUAAGACCCUUUACCUAAUCAUGGAGUACGCCAGUGGGGGUGAAGUGUUCGACUACCUCGUGUCUCAUGGGAGAAUGAAGGAGGUGGAAGCCAGAGCCAAAUUUCGACAGAUUGUUUCCGCUGUCCACUACUGCCACACGAAGAACAUUGUUCACAGAGAUCUGAAGGCGGAGAACCUUCUGCUGGACGCCGACGCCAACAUCAAGAUCGCCGACUUCGGCUUCAGCAACGAGUUCACGCUGGGCAACAAGCUGGACACGUUCUGUGGCUCGCCGCCCUACGCUGCUCCCGAGCUCUUCCAGGGCAAGAAGUACGACGGGCCCGAGGUGGACGUCUGGAGCCUGGGAGUGAUUCUCUACACGCUGGUCAGCGGCUCGCUGCCGUUUGAUGGACAGAACCUGAAGGAGCUUAGGGAGCGCGUGCUGAGGGGAAAGUACCGCGUCCCCUUCUACAUGUCCACAGACUGUGAGGGGAUCCUCCGCAGGUUCCUGGUGCUCAACCCCUCCAAACGCUGCACCCUGGAGCAAGUGAUGAAGGAUAAGUGGAUCAACGCAGGAUACGAGGGGGAGGACCUGAAGCCCCACAUAGAACCUGUGGAGGACUUCAGCGAUCCAGCUCGUAUAGAGGUGAUGGUGGGGAUGGGCUUCACUCCAGAGGAAAUCAAGGACGCUCUGCUCAAUCAGAAGUACAACGAAGUCACAGCCACAUACUUACUGCUGGGCCGCAAAGGAGACGAGGGCAGCGAGGCUCGCUCAGCUAGUAGCCUGUCCCUGGCGAGGGUCCGACCCAGCCCCAUCACCAACGGGACCAACAAGCACUCCUCCGCCACGGGCUCCUCGUCCUCCUCCACCUCCUCCUCUCAUAGCAAGACGCAGCGCAGUGCCUCCACCUACCACAGGCAGCGACGGCACAGCGACUUCUGCGGGCCCUCCAUGCCCGUCAUGCACCCCAAGAGGAGCCCGACCAGCACGGGCGACCGGGAGCUGCGGGAGGGUCGGAUGCCUUCGCGUAAGGCCAGCUGCAGCGUGAUGGGGAGCCACAGCCUCCCCCCCUCCAGCCCCAUGGUCAGCAGUGCCAACAACCCCAACAAGUCCGAGAUCCCAGAUCGCCGCAAAGACAUGACUGCCACCACGAAUAACAUCCCUGGAAGCGCCAUGACGCGCAGGAAUACGUAUGUAUGCACAGACCGCUCAGGCGCUGACAGACACUCUCUCCUGCAGAACGGAAAAGACAACAGCUCUCUGGGUCACCGCAUACCUGCAGCGUCUCCCUCCACGCUCAGCAUCUCCGGGGCCGGAGCCGCCUCCUCCUCCUCCUCUUCAGACCGAUGCCGUCUGACCAGAGGAUCCACAAUCCGCAGCACCUUUCACGGGGGACAGCUGAGGGACCGCGGGGCCCCGGUCUACUCGGCCCCCCCUACUUCACCCACCCUGUCCCACCAUGAAGCCAGCCCUCUGCCCCACGCCCGCACCAGGGCCACCUCCAACCUCUUCACCAAGCUGACCUCCAAACUCACUCGCAGGGUCACAAAUGAAUCUGAGGGAAUCAGGAGAUUUGCGGUCACAAGUUGCCAUCUACCUGGGAAUCAAAAAGCGUCCGAGCCCCGGGCCGUCGGACGUGGCUGGGAUCUGAGAAGCGGUGGGCGGCGGGACCCUGCGGAGGUGGUUCUGGCUCUGCGGGAGGCGGCGCUCGGAUGCGGCUGCCAGGUCCACCUUGCCGGCCCCUUUCUGCUGUCCUGCACCCACGGCGUGGCGGGGGGCCGCGUGGCUUUCGAGGCCGAGGUGUGCCAUCUUUCCACAGGCUCCUCCGAGACUUCUAACGGGGUGCGCUACACGAGACUCUGGGGGGCGCCGCUAGCUUUUCGGGACAUUGCCACCCAAAUCUCUAAAGACCUUGAACUCUGAAGCGGAGGGGGUUGUUUGCGUACACAGUGUGUGUUUUUGUGUGAGUGAGUGUUGAUGUGUGUGCAAAGGGAGGGGGGUGGAAACAAUCCAAGAAAAAAAUAUAUAUAUAUAUCGGAGAAGGGGCGAGGGGCUGGACCCGAGUGAAAAGACUUCUCCUUCUGUCUCUUUCAUGACUUACCCCCCUCCCCCACACACACACACAAACACACACAAACACACACAGAUCUGACCCAUAAGUCACACAGACUGAAGCACCCCCCUCCACCCAAAUCACCCCACCCAGCUCAGCCAACUUCUUCACUGAGCGUCUGCACCCACUGGACCUGGAUCAGACAGAAUCUAGUUGAAUAUUUUUUAUUGCUACUCUAGCCAUAAUGACUCUUUAUUUUGUUAUUUAUUGCUCCGAUCAUCAUUAUUACCCACUGUCACCUUCACAGCGACAGAAAAAACACCAUCUCUUUGUGUAUCAGCCCCUUUUUCAAACUGUUCUUUUUAUAUGUCACCUUUGCGCAAAACCGUUCAUUUUAUUCCCCUUUUUACGGAUGACCUGAAUAUCUGCUGACUCUUCAUCACCUGGGGACAAUCACAUGCACACUAACGCGGGGAUGGUGCGACUCAGUGAUCAGAUACAGCAGCCGCAGAGAGUUGCAUUGCUUUGAUUCCUGUACAUACAGCAGAGACGACUGCACUGGAUUAAGGUCAGUGUGAGCAGCGUUGACAGGGCUUGGAAGCAGCCAAUCAGAGGCAGACCUGGAGUUAAAAUCAGUGAAAUCUUCCGCUUUGUGAACUAAUAGAGUAGUCACCUCUCAGACUUCAGUUUACCUGCAUGACACGAGCAGGAAUUAGAAAGUACCUCUGAUGCUGUACUUUCAUAUUCAGUCUAUAAGAAGUGGAUGUAGCCAUGGUGACACAAACUAUUCAUGUGUGACGACCACUCUGAAGCCUUAUAUUUGGCAUCUUGGCUCCUUUGCCAUCUUGUUGUUCUUGGCCAGAAUUGACCAUGUUGCUGGGUUAUCAGCUAAUGCUAGCACUUUCUUGGUUAGCAAGGUGCAUCCUUAAAUCCCAGCAACUGUCAUGCAACUUGGAUGCUAAUGACAGCUAGCGGAAAAAAUUGCUUUAUGCUAAAUGUGCGAACCAAAUAAAGAUGGCUACUAAAAAUACAAUAAAACACGAAACAAGACGCCACCGAGGUAGCUUCACCCUUAA